AUGAGGGGAUCGGUGCUCCAGUCGACACCGAUUGCACGAGAAUGGGAGAUUCUCGAGAAUCAUCGAGAGGAUUACAUGAAAUUGGGAGAACUGGUAGACGAAUUAUCCUACGUCUUCAGUCCGACACUUCUGCUGAGUUUCAUGAACAGCGUUGUGAGGACGACGGUGACGGUGUACAUAGCGUCAGUAAAUCUCUCGAAUGGCUCUCAGCAGUGGUUGAACGUCAUGAUGAGGACUGGGGAUGUUUUCGGAUCCCUCAUUCGUCUCCUCCUCAUCACCAUUGCCGCUUCGUAUCUAUCUGACAAGAUACGAAGCGGCAAUGGUGAUGAGGAGGAGACGAAUGAGGGAUCCGAAAACAUCCCCAGUCCUCAUCAUGACGUUCAACCACUGCUGAGAGCCAUUCGAGAGAUUUACUGA